AUGAUCAUUUACAAGGAUAUCAUCUCCGAUGACGAGCUCGUCUCUGACACCUUCAACCUGAAGGUCGUCGACAACGUUUUCUACGAGUGCGACUGCCGCAAGUACCUCAAGAAGACAAACGAGGACUUCGAGCUUGAAGGUGCCAACCCCUCCGCCGAGGGUGGUGAUGAGGAUGGUGGUGAGGGGGAGCAGGUCAUGGUUCACGACAUUGAGGACCAGUUCCGCCUUGUCUGGCUCAAGACCGAGGAGGGCAUGAAGCCUUCCAAGGACGCCUUCAAGUCUCACCUGAAGACCUACAUGAAGAAGGUCCUCACCAAGCUCACGGAGACUGGUGCUUCUGAGGAGACCAUCAAGGAGUUCAAGACCAACGCCCCUGCUGGUGUCAAGAAGAUCCUCGCCAACUACGACAACUACGAUGUUCUCAUGGGCCAGUCGACGGACGGUGAUGCUAUGCACGUCCUGAUUGACUUCCGUGAGGACGGUGUCACUCCUUACGCUACUCUCUGGAAGCACGGUCUUGUUGAGAUGAAGGUUUAG